CCGUGCUGGACGAAGCCAAAAAGCUCCCAUGAGCACACGCAGGCAGGAAACAACGAGCACUCGAAGCAAAGCUCGUAGCCAGAGGUGGUAGCAGCACCAAGCAGGGGAGGCGAAAUGGCAGGUCCUCUUGCGUAGCUCAAGUUACUCGCUUUGCUGCCUUCUGCCAUUGCCAUUGUGGGAGGAGGAGGCGGCGUGAAGGGGAACCGAGGGUCAAGAAAUGGCGUUGCGCAGCCACCUGCUCGUGCUGCUCGUGAUGCUCGCGCUCGCCGCGGCGGCCGGGGCGAGCGGUGGACGGCACUGGCACCGGCACCGGCACCGGGGGAAGCCGGCGCGGGCGCGGUUUGAUCUGGUCCGCGCCGCGCCGGGCGCGUCCCUCGCCGAGCGGGCGAGGGACGACCGGCACCGGCACGCGUACAUCUCCGCGAAGCUCCGGCGGCGCGCGGCUGAGGUGGGGGCGUCGGCGUUCGCCAUGCCGCUGUCGUCGGGGGCGUACACCGGCACGGGGCAGUACUUCGUGCGGUUCCGCGUGGGCACGCCCGCGCAGCCGUUCGUGCUGGUGGCGGACACCGGCAGCGACCUGACAUGGGUGAAAUGCCGCGGCGCAGCCGGCGCCUCCCCUCGCGUGUUCCGGCCCGCGGACUCCAAGUCGUGGGCGCCCAUCCCGUGCUCGUCGGACACGUGCACGUCGUACGUGCCCUUCUCCCUCGCCAACUGCUCCUCGGCGGCCAGCCCCUGCUCCUACGACUACCGGUACAAGGACGGCUCGGCGGCGCGCGGCGUGGUGGGCACCGACUCGGCGACGAUCGCGCUGUCCGGCGCCAGCGGCGCGGACAGCAGGCGGGCGAAGCUGCAGGGCGUGGUGCUGGGCUGCACCGCCUCGUACGACGGCCAGAGCUUCCAGUCCUCGGACGGCGUGCUCAGCCUGGGCGACAGCAACAUCUCCUUCGCGUCCCGCGCCGCCGCGCGCUUCGGGGGCCGCUUCUCCUACUGCCUCGUCGACCACCUGGCCCCGCGCAACGCCACCAGCUACCUCACCUUCGGCCCCGGGCCCGAGGACGCCGCCACCGCGCCGUCCCAGACGCCGCUGCUGCUCGACCGCCGGGUGAGCCCGUUCUACGCCGUGACGGUCGACGCCAUCCACGUCGCCGGCGUGGCUCUCGACAUCCCCAGCGAGGUGUGGGACGUCGACAAACAGGGCGGCGCGAUCCUCGACUCGGGGACGAGCCUGACGGUCCUCGCCACCCCGGCGUACAAGGCCGUGGUCUCGGCGCUGAGCAUGCAGUUCGACGGGUUGCCGAGGGUGAGCAUGGACCCUUUCGAGUACUGCUACAACUGGACGGCUGGCGCGCCGGAGAUCCCGAAGCUGGAGGUGCAGUUCGCGGGGUCGGCACGGCUGGAGCCGCCGGCGAAGAGCUACGUGAUCGACGCGGCGCCGGGGGUGAAGUGCAUCGGCGUGCAGGAGGGCGCGUGGCCCGGGGUGUCCGUCAUCGGCAACAUCCUGCAGCAGGAGCACCUGUGGGAGUUCGACCUCAGGGACCGGUGGCUCAGAUUCAAGCACACGCGCUGCACCCAAUGAACGGACGGUGCACGAUUCAUCCACCGUGUUGCUGGGCGAUCUUGCUGAAACUGUAAGGGCCUUCGAGUGAAUGGUUCUCUAAAUAGAAAGAUAAAUUUUAGUGCAAUGAAAAAACGUUCAGCUGAAAGCCUGCAAUCGAGAUCCUGCUCGUGAUGGAAACUCCCACACAAAUGGGAACUGACUUCUGAAACCAUCUGAAUUCUGAACGAUAAAUGGUGGACUGAAACAUUGCAAAUCAGACUGCACGACUGAGAGAAAUGACAAAGGGCGGCAGACAACACUGGUUCAAGUAGUAUCCAUAUUUGCAGCGCAUACCGCGAGCAAUGUCAUCCUACACUUCAGGACUCUGUAAAGCCAAGAGUAUAGUAUCCUCUAUUUCCCU